UCUCUCUCUAUGAUCCUACGGGCCGGCCGAGCGAGCGGAGAUGUUGUGGCGUUUGCUGUGGGGUCUCAGCCGAGGAGUGAGACCCCCCGGAGGUGGAGCCGUCGGCCUUCCCCGUCCUCGUCCCGUGGGCCCCGUCCAGCCUCAUGAGGGGGAGCCCUGGCUGGGCCAGGAGCCUGCGCAGACCAGCAGCAGCUGGCAUGGCAGGAAUCAGCAGCACAAGGCCUGUGGAUAUGGGAAUCUCUCGCACUGCUACACUCCCUUGGAUGCCUUCACCUGGAGUACAUUGGCUUUUCUUGCCAUGGAGCUAGCCAAGCAUGUCCGGUGGCUGAGCUCUGUACAAGUAUGUGACAGAGAUGCUGUGAUUCAUCAGCUAGAGGGCCAGCUUGCUAUUUUGUCCCAGCAGCAGCAGCAAACAGAUUCUCCCACAUCUACCUGCUCCAGCAAGGAAGAGGAACAGCACUUCUUCGUGGGAGUGGACUCUGGCUAUGCAUUGAAGAAUCCAUUUUCUAUCAAAACAUCACAGCCAAAAGAAUAUGCAUUUCUCUCAGAAAGAGAGGAUAUUGUGUUUCUGUCUAGCACAAGACUUGAACCAGACUCAUCCCUAUUGCAUUUGCAGGGCAACCUGGAAGACGAAGAGUCUGUUAAGGAAGCUGCUUCUCAAGUGCAACAGGUGUUCCAAGCCAGCAUUUCCAUGGCAUCCAACAUCCUUGGGCUUGAGAAUAUACAGGAUGGGCAGCAGAGAAUUGCCUUUUCCUGCUUCAAGCUGGCUGCAGACCAGAACUAUAGCAAAUCUCAGUUCAAUGUGGGGUUGUGUUAUGAACAUGGAAGAGGCACUAAGAAGAACAUGGCCAAGGCCGCCCUCUACUAUCAGCGAGCAGCUCACCAGGGGCACCCCAGGGCCCAAUGCUGCUAUGCUAAGUGGCUUCUCCACCACUGUCCCAGAACAGAAAAUGGCAAUAUAAAGGAAGCAGUUGCUGGACCAGGCACCCAUUGCAGGGCUGACCCAGCUGUGCACCACUGGUAUCAGUUACCGUUGGCAGAGAGAACAUUCUCAUCCAGCCCCUGCCUUCAGAGCCUGGAUCAGCCAUUGACUCCUCAUGUGUCUCUUGAGCUGCAUCACUCUUGGAGCACAGGAAGCCUCAGAGAUGUGGCAAAUAGCUCUGUGAUGCCUAGUCCAAGUUUUUCAGAUGGCUUCUCCUUCAAGCUACAGUUCUUAGCCUAGCUCCUGGAAUACAAUUAGCUAACAAGACUAAUGAGGAAACAUUCUUCUCAGAAAAUGUUGGUUCUGGUUCUGGCUAGCACUACUUUUUAAGAAACAAAAAGAUAUGGACAUUACAGGGAAUGUCCAUGUCUGUAUUUGUUAGUUCCCCAAAUAAAUUUCAGCUUGGGAAUUGUAUCAAUAAAUGUUGCAGCCAAAUAAAGCAGGUCUGAUGGUGUAA